AACAUCACCUAACUAACACAAAUAUUGCUCUGUCAAAUUUCUAGAUUUCUUCCUGUUUUUCCCUUUCAUGCCACAAUCACGUCCACCUUUGACCAGAAUAGAAAGACUUUUAACUACGAACAACUUCUUCCAUCUUUAACUACGAACAACAACUUUCAUCAGAAUUAAAACGAACAAAAUUAAAUUUCUAACUUGAAAAUCUUCCUGCCAUAACUCAGUUAACUCGUCCCCUCAGCCCUCAGGCGACUCAAAUGACUCGUUCAUUGGUACUUAUAUAUUCCCUGCUAUCUCGCCGGAGACUAUCAGAAUCAAGAAGAACAUUAUUUUUAAUACCCACAAGCUUAGCUUUAGUCACCUCUCUAGCCAUCAUUUUCUACAUCUCUUCAACCUCUAAUCUUUUCACCAAUCAAACCCCUCCUCUUCUUCUCAAACACACCAUCUCUUCUUCACUUAAUUACCCACCUACCAACUCAUUGCUUACAAUCCCUCUCAACAAUGUUUCUUCAAAUCUUGCUAAUUUACAAGAAAGCCCUCGCCUUUCCACCACCCAACUCAGUUUUGAGUCUGCAGGAUACAGUGUGAAUAAUGAGGUGUUCCAUGACAAAGACAUAUUUAUGGAAAACUAUAAAGAUAUGAGCAGGAGCUUUAAGAUUUACAUCUAUCCUCAUUCUGAAGACGAUCCAUUUGCUAAUGUGCUCUUGCCUGUGGAUUUUGAACCUACGGGAAACUAUGCCAGUGAAAGUUACUUUAAAAAGGUUCUUGUUAAGAGCCAUUUUAUAACAGAGGAUCCAUUAGAAGCAGAUCUAUUCUUUCUACCUUUUUCAAUUGCGAGGUUGAGGCAUGACCCGCGAGUGGGAAUCAAUGGUAUCCAAGAUUUUGUCAGAGAUUACAUCUUCAACAUUAGUCACAGCUAUCCCUUCUGGAAUCGGACUGGUGGAGCAGACCAUUUUUAUGUUGCUUGUCAUUCCAUUGGACGAUCUGCUAUGGACAAAGCAGAUGAAGUAAAAUUAAAUGCCAUUCAAGUCGUAUGUUCGUCAAGUUAUUUCCUAUCUUCGUAUUAUGCUCAUAAGGAUGUAUGCUUGCCACAAAUCUGGCCGAGGCAAGGGGAGCCACCAAAAAUUGCACCAACAAAAAGGAAUAGGUUAGUCUUCUUUGCAGGGUCAAUAAACUCCCCAGUACGAGAAAAACUUGUUGAAGUAUGGGGAAAUGAUUCUGAGAUCUCUGUUCAUUCUGGUCGUCUCAAAACACCUUAUGCCGAAGAGCUUCUAAGGAGUAAGUUCUGUCUGCAUGUUAAAGGUUUUGAAGUGAACACAGCUCGCAUUGGGGAUGCGUUAUAUUACGGUUGUGUCCCUGUAAUCAUUGCCAACCAUUAUGAUCUUCCAUUCGCGGACAUAUUGAAUUGGAAGAGUUUUUCAGUCAUCGUCCCUACACUAGAUAUCCCAUUGCUGAAGCAAGUCCUUAAAGGGAUAACCUUUAAUGAUCAUUCUAGAUUACAACGCAAUGUAUUAAAGGUCAGAGAACACUUUCAAUGGCAUACGCCUUCUGUUACUUUUGAUGCAUUUGACAUGGUUAUGUAUGAUUUAUGGCUCAGGAGAAGUUCUGUUAGGGUUCGAUUAACCAUUUGAUUUGUUGAAUUGCCGCUACCAGCAGAUAGUCUAUACUGCAUACGGUGAAUGUAACUGAGUUUCUAUAGUGACCAUUAGCAUUAUAUUUAAUAAAAAAUUUAGAAAUUAAC